AAUUAUAGUAAUUCUUUAAUAGAUUAUAGAAUAUAUAUAUAUAUGAAUUAAUCAUGAUGUUUGAACAUGCUUUAAGAUUAUCUGGAUGGCAAAAGUAAUUAUUUCUUUUUUUUUCUACUCGUAUUACAAACACUGAUCUGAAAAAAUGGCAAAUAUAAAAUUCGAGAAAAAUGAGAGAAGUUGCUGCACAAUAUAUCCUAACAUAAUUGAAAAUACUCAAGAUUUGGUACUGCUCAUAUUGCCAUAACUGCAGGAAAAUGGGAUUUAUGCAAUGUUAUAGUAUGGUCAAUGAAAGAAAUGGAACAAAAAUUUCACAAUUUACAUCACAUUAAAAAAAAUAGAAUUCAAAAAUAAUCUAAAGUAUGAUCAUAACUUGGAAGCACAGGAAAAAAACAAAAAUCAAAUAGUACAAAUGACCUAAUACAGGUGUUUUUAUCUAUUCAAAUAUCAAGAGAUGUGGCAAAACAGAUUUGUGAUGUAAAUUGCUUUCCAAUAUACAUCAAUUCCUUGACAAAUGUGGAACUGUUACAGAGCAAUCUAACGAUAAACAACUUAUAAUGAAUUCAACAAACUGCAAUAUUCUGAUUGUGGGGUAGAAACAACCAUCAGGCGGGAUGUGUUUUAUUCCAUUCGUAAUUCUCUCGAAUCAACGAACCACCGUGAAAACGGCCGGCCUUCUCUCCGCCCCAAUAUCGCAAACAAAACGCCUCUCCACGAACUCGCAAAAUGCGCCUCAAUGGAAUCUGCGCGCGUACGCGCACCGCAGAACGGAGUACACGCAUUCGGCCAAGCGGUUCAAAAUUGCUUGAUCGCGCUUUUUGUUUGUGGUCACUCUUGAAACAAGUGGUUGCUGCUUGGGAACAUUACUUUGUUUCAAAAAUGAGUAACUAUGACUUAUGGAUACGUGACAUACUGACAAGCUAUGGCGUGAUUACAAUGAUUAUUUUUUGCAUCAUGAUCUGGAUAAUACAAAAAUGGCCUAUAUGGCGAAAGAACAUAUACAGAGCUCAUCUUCUGGGACUUGAGAUGGAAUACGCCGAACUGGCCAGUCCGUAUAAAGAACACUUAUUUAAAGCGCUGCAAUGUGUUAUCUCCAAUGAUGAAAUGUUGCGAUCUAUGGGUUGCAUUCGCAUCCUCGAAAUUGGCAUUAAAACAGGUGAAAACAUACAAUUUUAUCCAGAGGGUACUCAUCUUAUUGGUGUCGAUUGGAACGUUAAGCUGGGCGAAUAUCUAGUCAAAGGGAGUCGUUCAUGUGAAUUUUCUCAUGUGAUUAUUGAACGGUUAAUAACAGGCGAUGGGAGUUCCUUGAAGGAAGUACCAACAGGAUGUGUGGAUGUAGUGGUGACAACUAGAUCAUUGUGUUGCGUAAAAUCAAUGCAAUCUACUCUGCAAGAAAUUCGCAGAGUAUUAGCUCCGGGUGGAAAAUAUAUUUUCGUGGAACACGUUCCAGAAAAAGAAAGCACUUUCAUACGAUGGUUGCAAAUAGCGUUGACGCAAACUGGCAUAUGGCCUUCUUUAUUUGGCGAUUGUCGCUUAGAUGCUGAUUGUACUGUGGAGAUAGAAAACGCAGGUUUUGAAAAAACAUCAUGGACAUUCUUAGAUCUGGAAGGAUAUGUUACCCAUCCAAUUUAUUUAACUCUCUCUAGACAACAUGUGUUUGGUAUAGCAACGAGAUAAAGAAUACAUUGAUGAAAACAUUUAUCAAUUCUAUUUUCUAUUAAAUUAUAAUAAAUAAUAUAUUUAUAUGCAUAAAAUUUAUAAAGAUAAAAUUAUGGAGUUACAAAAAAUGAAAAUAUUAUAGAUUUUACUCUAACUUUUAAUUCUCUUUAACCUUUUGAAAUUAGUUGUAUUAAUAUAAUUGCUAAACAUAAUAAUUUA